AUGCACUCGCCCGCUGCAUCGACGUCGAGCGUCACUCUCGACCACUCGCCCGCGCCCACGCCGUCGCCGUCCGCCGCGACACCCUCCGCCGCUCCUCCUUCCCCCGCCAACUCGCCUGCACCCGCUGCCAGCUCGCAAGACCACGCGAAGCGGAAACGCACAGCGAGGGACAAGGACGCGCUCAGAUACGCACUCACAUCCGGGUUCGCUGGGGGCAUCGCAGGCUGCGUCGCAAAGACGUCCGUCGCACCCCUCGACCGCGUCAAAAUCCUCUUCCAGACUCACAGCCCCGAUUACCAGAAGUAUGCCGGUCAGUCCGGCCCUCGCACAUGGACGGGCGUGUUCAAGGCGAGCAAGGCGAUCUACGCCGAGACGGGCGUCCGAGGCCUGCUGCAAGGCCACUCCGCGACCCUCAUCCGCAUCUUUCCCUACGCCGCGAUCAAGUUCAUGGCGUACGACGAGCUCCACCGAGUCCUGAUGCCGACACCCGAAGCGGAAACUUCGGGACGACGGUUCCUCGCUGGCUCGCUGGCGGGAAUCAUCACGACUGGGUUCACGUACCCUCUCGAGCUGAUCCGAGUCAGGCUCGCGUUCGAGUCGCACCACUCGCCCAAGGAUCGCGCUUCACUCCUCCGCACCAUCCGGGCAAUAUACCAGAAUCCCCCUCCGCCCGCCUCUUCCUCCUCCUCCGCUCCGCCGCCACAACCCUCACCCUCGCCCGUAUCCUCUUCCUCCGCCUCGACACGACCCACUAUCGCUCACUUCUACCGCGGCGUCUGGCCCACCCUCGUCGGCAUCAUUCCUUACGCAGGCACCUCAUUCCUCAUGUGGGGUUUCCUCAAAACCGACCUCUUCCCCUCCAUUUUCUCCCCUACCUUCCGUCGUCAGAACCGCGCUCUACUCGAUCUACUAGCCGGCGGCGUAGCAGGCGCGAUUGGGCAGACGACUGCCUACCCGUUGGACAUCGUUCGAAGGAGGAUGCAGGUUGGACCGGUUUUGCAUGCGGAUGGGAGGGGGAGGGCGGGAUUCUGGGAGACGGCCAAGGGUGUGUAUCGGCAGGGAGGGUGGAGGGGGUUCUUUGUCGGCUUGUCGAUCGGGUACUUGAAGGUCGUCCCGAUGAACGCUGUCAGCUUUGCGACAUGGGUCGCGAUGAAACGGGUACUAGGAAUGGAGGAGACGCCUGGCGGAGGAAAUUCGGAGGCAAAGAAGGAAGAGGGAGAAGGGCGGUGA